CCGGCCGUCUCGCGCGUCGCUUGAAGUUCACAUUCCUUAUCCCAAUUCUUAUCCCCACUCCUCCGCGUGCCGUGUUGAGGCCAAUAGGUGGAAGCUCUCACAACGAGAAAUUCAAUCAUCAUGUUCAACUUGACGUUGGGUCAACUGCUGCUCCUGGCUCCGCUCCUGUGGCUGGCCUUCUUGACGGCUGAGUCGGCAUCCUGGAAGUCCACCGUCCCGCACGCACUGAAGGUGGGCCAACGUCAAAAUCAUCGGCACCGAUGACAUUGUGCUGUGCCCCCUUGGCCCAACCUGUUUGUUUUAGCUGCAGCAGCGCAUUAAUGGCACACUGUCAACAGGAGCGGCAGUCGCAUGGGGAUGCGAGCAGAAUGCGAGGCAUACAGGUGCAAGCCUUCCGCUUCACCCACCAGCUUUGAGGACCUGCCCGACAUCACUGACAGCCCGCCCCGCUGCUACGACAAGGAGACGAAACUUGUCUACUCCUGCGACGGGCCCAACAAGCUGGUGUGUCACCGCACCGCAUGUCUGCAUGUAUAUUCAUCGCCUCUCUUGCUGCGCGCCUUGUCGCAUGCAGACCUAUGUCGCGGCCCUCGAAGCCUCAUCUGGGCAUUUCUCCAUCCAACCCUCAUAUGGAGAUUUCUUCCAUCUUACGAGAGCAGGCUACGACGCGCGCAACGAGUGGGCACAGCACCUCGCUCAUACGAAGUCCUCUUACUUGUGUAUAUGACAACAGAGAACCGAUACUUGAAUGGCUCGGAACAUAUAGCGAGGUCCGAGAUGGCGAGCCGCACAAGUGCUUCAUUCGUGAUCCCUUCGCCAAGUGCCCCACAAGAAGCGGUGGGUACUCGCAAAGUAGAGACAUGCUCUGCCAUGUCCACCCGUAGCUGCUGUUGUGUGUCUCAUGCAGUUCUGCGCCCACCCUGCGCUCCAAGUGACUGCAGAUUUGCCGGAGACAAGAAGGGCCCCUUUUCUUUCAAAUCUGCCCCUGGAUGCCUCAAAGAAGGGAAGGUCUACAAGUGCGACACGGCCAGCAAGACUCUGGUAUGAAGAAUAAUACACCUACAUGGCCGUACGUAAAGUGUCUUAAGAGUCCCCUGUCUCAAUAUAGAUGUUGGUUCUUGACGUCACGGUGAAUCAGGCCGAGAACACACAGCCGUUCCUUCAGGUCUGUCUGCGCAGACCGUAUGUCAACACACACGUCGGCUUUUAUUGUCUGUGCUGCACAGUUCACUGUGAAACGUCGCAGCCACUCCGGUUGGCAGCUCUACCAGUGCCGCCUGCCGAAAGUCUUCAUCUGCCCCACCGACUUCACGGUCAAGAACAUCGACUUCCUGAAAGGAGCCUGAGAAGAAAUGAAUCCCUCUGCAGCACAUCACACAAAGACAGAGAGACAGAGACAGAGAGAGAGAGACAGAGAGAUUCAUGAACACACACGACAGGACAAUCAUUUGCGGACGGCAGUCCGUCCCCAUGAAGUGGUCUGUCUGUCUGCUUUGUCUGUCUGUUUGUCUGUCUGUCGUCUCCCGACUGACCAUGGAAACGUCCACAGUCUCUGUCUCAAGACGCACACAGACGC